AAAGUUAGAAAAUUGUACGCCGUUUACAAACACUGUUCAUUGCUUUCUUGAUGCUUAAGUACAUCGCUAUGAUUAAUUAGAAAAGCUAUGCGGGAUGAUAUUUCUAUGAAGGUCGUCGGAUGGAACGUCCUUCACUUACUGCUGACGAUUGCCGGUACGCAAGGUGCGUUGAUGAUGACGUCCGACAAACCGUAUGCACAACUUCAAGGUGAAAUAACGUUAACCUGCAACACGAGUGAGAAUGAUGUUUUGAUUGUGUUUAAUAAAAACAACAACUAUGUGGGACAAUGCAACCAAAUUUAUUGUAUUACAUCGAAUUCAAACAAGUUUGUUGUGAACAUAAAUACAGCGCCUGUUGGAUACAACAUAUUCACCUUAACGGUGAAAAGAUUUGAGGUGAACGACGAAGGCUAUUAUUCUUGCCUUCACUCGCAGAAAAUACGAAUCACAUACGCAGUUGAUAUCAUAUCAGUGACGCUUACUCCAAAGACGGACCCUAUAUCGGUGAUUGAAAAUGUCCCACAACGUUUCCGCUGUGUGACAUCAUUGUGUCGUCCGGCUGCAUCAAUACUGUGGUUUCUUGGCUCCACUCCGCUUACUGCUGGAACUGAGUCCAACACCUCAAAUGAUGUCACUACCAGUACACUUGAAUACAUCCCGCAGAAAAACCAUCAGAACAUGCAAAUCUUCUGUCGUGGAGAAAAUGGUGGUCAACUACGCACAUCUGACCAACCCAGGCUAAACGUUCUUUAUGCGCCAAGUGAACCAGUUUGUAAACUAGGUGGAUUAGCUUUGUCCUCUGCUGUAGCAGUAAGGGAAUUCGGGGAGUUUCGCCUAGACUGCAGCAGCGACGGAAAUCCGUCACCGAGUUAUUCCUGGACGCACCCUGGGGAUGGACCAUCUACCCCUCUCGUCAUGAGCAGCAUUCAUAGAACACACGAUGGAAUAUUUAGGAUAAUAGCAAGCAGCCACUUAAUUCCAUCAAAUCAACAGGCAGUUAAUCUCACAAAGAAAACCAAUGUCAACGUCGAUGUUCAAUAUCCACCGGAUCCACCGAGCUGCAAGGUUCGUAGGACUACCAUAUUAUCAAACAUCGUAUCCGCAAUAAGGGGACAUACUAUUACAAUCAGCUGUUCCUGUGAUAGCAACCCACCAUCUAGAUACUCGUGGUCUGUUACCGGAGUUUCCGCUUCAACUUCUGGACAAAGGCUUCACCUGCUCGUGCAGAACGCGACUACGAUAACGUUUACCAUGGAAAACAGCAUGAUGUUUACAAACGGGAGUACUGAACAGGGGAGACGUAAUUCGUCAUUCGACGUCAAUGUUCUUUAUCCACCGGAUCCACCGAGCUGCAAGUUUGGUAGGACUGCCAUAUCAUCAAACAUCGUAUCUGCAAUAAGGGGACAUACUAUUUCAAUUAACUGUUCCUGUGAUAGCAACCCGCCAUCCAGAUACUCGUGGUCUGUUACCGGAGUUUCCACUCCAACUUCUGGACAAAGUCUUCACCUGCUCGUGCAGAACGCGACUACGAUAACGUUUACCAUGGAAAACAGCAUGAUGUAUACAAACGGAAGUACUGAACAGGGGAGACGUCAUUCGUCAUUCGACGUCAAUGUUCUUUUUCCUCCCGUGGUUAAGCCUCUGACAAACGUCAUGGUACUUGAACGAGGCAGUGUUUCUGUGGCUUGUCAUGUCACUGCCGGGGUUCCGAACAAGACAGAGUUUAAAUGGGUGAGAAUGUCUGAUAUGACCCCUAUCUCCAUGGAGCAGACACUUAACAUCGCCAAUAUUGAUCGAAAACAGGCUGGUAACUACACGUGUAUAGCUUCAAACCUCAUGCGACCUACAGGAUGUGACGCAACCGUUGGAAACAGUAGCAACACAAUCAACAUUGAUGUACAAUAUGAGGCAGAAGUGACGGAUUUUACAUUAUCGAAUUUUAAUCACUGGCAAAACCUUGAAGUGGAUGAAAACACACAAGUCACUUUUUAUUGCAAAGCUCAGGGUAAUCCCUUAUCAAAUAUAUCGAUGUUUAAAGAACACCAAGAUAUAAGGACUACCAGCAACACAAGUGAUUUGGAAUUCACGAUCAGCAAAAGUGUUUGUGAGGACGAAGGCACCUACCAGUGUACAGCACAAAAUACACACAAUACUCAAGCUGAUAUCAGGUCCUUGACGCUAUUUGUAAGAUGUGCGCCUCGUGCAUCGACAUUGGCCCCAAGACACCAGAACAUUACAAGCGCUAUCGGAGAGCCGGCAGUAUUAACUCUAAGGCUAGUAGCUUUUCCACGACCACGAGUGGCGGACUUUACUUGGGAAAACGAUGUUUCAGCUCAUGAUACGUGGGUAAUCGUUCGUAAUGACGCAAACAUCGACAUACUUAUUUCUGAAGACGGACUUCAAACUCAAUUAUCCUUUAGUUCCGUAAAGCAAGACGAUUUCGGGUAUUACCGCGUCCAUGUCAACAACGAACUUGGAAAUUACACUGAAACGUUUAGACUGCAGGCGCAAGUUAUGACUGAGUUUACCAUCUCCGGUAAUGGCACGGGGACUGACGGGGCAUCGGUGCGUCAGGGUGAAAACUUAAAGCUGAUUUGCUCCUCGUCAAGAAACGAUAUUGGUUUUGUAGACUGGUACAAAACUCGACGCGGUUAUAGUGACAACUCAACGCCACCUUCAGUGUCAAUUAAAAUGGAUUCAGGAGGAACAUGUCGCUUUAACCAGAUUUACCCAGUUCCUGCCAACAUGCACUGUGGCUGUGUAAGCAUAUCCCAGUACAUGUGUACUCUCAUCAGUGUGGAGGCGGACAUGAGAGGAGAGAUGUGGUGGUGUAGAUUUGCAUACGGUACUGAAUUGUCGUCUACGUUUUCUUCAACUAAUAAGCUGACUAUUGAUGUGACAGGCGAACAGGCAGAAUCUCAGGGUGCAGUAAUUGGUGGAUCCAUCGGUGGUGGAAUUACUGCAGUUUUACUUAUCAUUGGAGUGGUUUUCAUUGUGAAAAGGUUCAGAACAUCAGGACAAGGAAAUAAUAGAUCUGGAACAGACGUAACCGGAUGUAAUGCAGCACAGACGUACGAUGAGUUGUCAAUGAGGACAGAAACAUCGGUUUAUGAUGCGCUUAGAAAUGGAGACAAUGGACCCGAGAAUUCUCCGGUGUACUCGCAGUUGGAUGAGUCAAAAUCAUCACAGUCGGACGUGUACUACAAAAAUGUCCAGAAAGAGAAUCCCGUUUACAGCAAUACUAUGCUGUAGAACCCGGGGACCAACAGUGCUUUAAAUGGAUAAUUGGAUAAUUGAAAGUCUCAGAUAGUUAGACGAUGUGAUGAUUUGCCUUUUUACAAUAUCAUUUUCAUUUGGCCUGGCUUAUGUUAGAGUGGUUGCCUGUAGGUAAGGAUCGACCCAAUCAUAUGAGCGACCAUGUCUUUACUGUGUCUGAUAUUGUCAAAAAAUAUAUUACUACUCAAAAUAACAGGAUAAAUCAAGUUCCCUCUCCUGGCAAUACUUUCCCAAAGACUAUUUCUAGCAAGCUUUAGUGAAAAAAAUAAACAAUAACAUUUUUACCAAGUACACAUUGCUAUACCUUGCUGUAAUUCCCAUGUUCAAUUGUAUGCCAACUAGCGGAACCCUGUGCAUGUAGACUGGCGUAUAAUAUACAGCCGGGACUAUUUGAUGAUUUCAAUGUAAACAGUGCUCUAAUCCAUCUUAAUUUUUGUAAUUGCAUGAAUAUAAACGGCUUUAUAAAUACUUUUCCCAUGUGUUACCUAUUUUGUUUUGUAUGUUUAUUUUUCAUUUGUUUUUGUUAUCAUGUACCCGACUUUAAAUAAAGAUUGUUGUAUCUUGUGUUGGCGGAUUCCCCCGUGUUCCCCAGUAUUCAGUGUUUGUAGAGAUCAAAAGCCAGCGUUAUAAUCAUAAAAAAUAACUGUUAUGUUUACUGAUACAUCGUAAUAGUACUCUAAAUAACAGGAUAAUUUGAGUUCCUCCUCUUAGCAAUACAUUCCAAAGACUUUUUCUAGCAAGCUUUAAUUAAAAAAUAAAAAAAAAUCAUUUUUACCAACUCCACAUUGCUAUACCCCGCUGUUAUUCCCAUGUUCAGUUGUAGGUCAACUAGCGGAACCGUGUGCAUGUAGACUGGCCGUACAGCCGGGACUAUUUGAUGUUAUCAAUGUAAAUAGUGCUUUAUUCCAUCUUACUUUUUGUAAUUGCAUGAAUAUAAACGGCUUUGUAAAUACUGUUUCACAUGUGUUUCCUAUUAAGAUCUAUAUGCUUUUAUUUCCAGGUCACCAGCUCACUUUGUUUUGUAUUUAUAUGUUAUAUGCUUGUUUAUUUUUUAUGUCUGUAAAUAACUCAUUUAGCUUGUUUUUUUGUUAUCAUAUACCCGACUUUAA